AGUACCGGUGUCAAGCCCAAAACGACACUGGCUCCGGAAGAAGUCUACUACGAAGGCCCGCCCGCCAUUACCGAAACAAUUGUCCCCACUAUUUCCAUUCUCACCGUGGUGGGUAUAAUCCCGGCCGCGGCAGCGUGGGCCCGGCAGGCCUGGGUCCGUUACAAGAUCACCUCCCGUCGCAUUCGGGUAACUUCCGGUAUUGGUGGCAAGGACAUGGCCGAAAUUGUUUAUCCCGACAUUGUCGAGCUGCGUACCGCCAAACGAUUGUUCGGCGACGGGGAUAUGGUGGCUUUUCUGCGGGAUGGUGCCAAGUUUGAAAUGCGCAACAUUCCGGAAUUCGAAACCGCCAUGGAGUUCAUUCUGGAUCAAGUCGAUCCCGAAGUGGCGGCCACCUACCGACGAAAAGGAGAUGUUACCAAGCCGUGA